AUGAAGUUCUGGGCGUUGCGGACGUUACGUUGCCCGUCAUGGAACCCAGUUACUUGCGUCGACCAAAGUAUCGCCGUAAUUUGUCGGUUUGGUUAUGAUGAUUUUCUUGCUAUGGAUUUCUUUUCGGUCGAGUACAAUGAUUUUCUUAUGAUGAUGAUUUUCUUCUAUGAUGAUUUUCUUGCUAUGGAUUUCAUUUUGGUCGGGUACGAUGGUGAUUUUCGUAUUGGAACUAGAGGAUCAUCGAGCUCUAAAUAUCACCGAAUAUCCCGUUGA